CAUACGUUAUGUUUAGAAAACAAAAUAGUUAAAAAUUAAAUCAUUAGCUACAAGUCUAUAUAAGUCUUCUAUAAGUACAAUUUGUUAUAAUGAAUAGUACUCAAUACAAAGAAUACCAUGAGUCAUUCAUGCUUAACAACAAUGGAUCGACUGCGGUGCAUACCUGCUUGUGUAUAUAUUUUACCUUACAAUGUGCCAUGUUGUGUGUAAUCAAACAAAUAAGAAAUAAUACAAAUAGAUAUAUUAGUGAAUAUUUAAUAAUUAUCCUUCCUAUGAUAUUAGCGCACACAGUUUUUUCAGAUUAUAUUUAUGAACUGAACAUUGCUGUUUUCAUUUUAUUAAUGUAUGAAAUAGCUAAAAACUACGACAAGUUAGACGUUCACAAAACCUUGUCAUCUAGUAAUGUUUAUUUAAAUAAUAAAAUAUAUUUAAUAACAUGUCUAAGAGGCUUGACAUAUCUGAUUACUGGACUUUGCAUAUUAGCUGUGGAUUUUAAGGAUUUCCCACGACAUUUGGCUAAAACUGAAAACUACGGUUAUAGUUUAAUGGACACUGGAGUCGGUCUUUUUGUUCUAAUAAGUGGCCUUGUACACAAAGAUGUCAACAAAAAUAAUUAUCAGACUGUAUUGAAGAGUAACACUAAAUUUGUAUUGAUACUUUUGUUACUAGGUAUAGCAAGAUAUUUCUCCGUUAAGCAAUUAGAUUAUCAAGUACAUAUAUCAGAAUAUGGAGUGCAUUGGAAUUUCUUUUUCACUCUUGCAAUAUGUAAACUUUUUUCAACUGUUUUGUUGAUUAUUACUUCACAUGUAUUAGUAUUAUGUAUUAUUGUUAUAAUUGCACAUGAAUUAUUACUAUAUUACGGUGUACAGGAUUGGGUUUUUAGUGACAUUAAAAGAAUUGGUUUUAUAGAUGCCAAUAGAGAAGGUAUAUCUUCAAGCCUUGGUUAUGUUGCUUUAUAUUUAUUUGCAGCUUAUUUAAAAAAGGAAUUAAUUAAAACAUCCUGUAACAGGUAUUGUAUUCUUCGAAACCUUCUGUCAAGUUCUUUUGUUCUACUUAUUAUCACAACUGCUGUUAACAGAAUCAGACCUAUAUCGAGAACCUUGGCUAAUACUGCGUACUGUUCCUAUAUAUCUACAGUACUAACAUUUGGAGUAUUAGUUAUUUAUUUCUUAGAAGUAAUAUUUCAAGGUAAUAAAAAAACGAGCUUUGAAGUACCUCUUAUAUUGGCAGCUAUUAAUAAUAAUGGACUUUUGUAUUUUUUAGUGGCUAAUUUAAGUACGGGUCUUAUAAAUUUAUCUUUACACACAUUCUUAGUAUCAUCACUUACGACAUUUGUUAUAUUGAAUUGUUAUAUGAUAUUUACAAUCUAUAUAACAAUUUAUAUGAAUGAGAAAGGUAUUAAAUUAUAGAAAAUAAUUAAAGCAUAUACUUUUAUAAAUA